GACGACAGGAAAGAUAGCACAGUCAGAUCUGAUGAUGAUGAUGAGGAGCAACCAACUAGGAGUUCUGAAAAAGAAGAUGGAAAUAAAGCUGUUGAAGAGGUCAAAGAGCUUCCAGAUGCAUUUCCUAAAUGGGAGAGGAAGAGUUUACUCCCUGCCUCUUUGUCCAUAGAAACCCAGGUGGCAAAAUUAAGUUGUCAGCCAAGAGAAAGUGAGUCUUUGGAGGACAAAAAGAGCAAAGAGAUGGAAGAGCAUGUGGCUGGAGCUGCAUUAUUGCCUAACAAUCAAUCUCAAGAAACAUCUGGACACACAUCUUACCUCUCUGUGUCCUCAGAUAAAGUGGGCUCUGCCCAGGUGGGGUUGAAGCAUGAACCACUAGAUGAAGCUUGUGGUGGUCCUUCAAAACCAGUCAGUAUGGAUACGAGCAGGGUUCUAUCCCAUCAAACAGCUGUGAAUGUUACAGGCAAGACAACAAGGUCCGCUUCAGAUCCAGUAACCUGCAAGCCUAAGGAAGAGAGACCCCUCUCAGCUCCAAGUAUUUCAAACCUACGGGAAUAUGAAAAGUAUGAAGAUUUUGCAAAUGCAAUGCCAGCCAAAAGCUUCAGCAAAGCUGCUAAGAUUUUGGGACAGGAGUAUUCAGGCAUGAGCAUCGGAAAUGUGGAACACGACAACUCGCUCACCAAAACGCAAAAGAAAGGUGUGAAAAACAAAAUGAAGAAUCUUACUCAAAAACUGAUGGAAAAGCUUAAAGAUAAACAUGAUUGUGUGAACACUGGCAGCAAGAGCACACAAGACAGCCUGGAAGAAGAAGCACAAAACGUGGAAGCCGAGGCUCAAGAGAUUCCACCACCACUUCCACCAAAAAUGGGGAAAUAUGUUUUCUUAGACAGAAGAUUUACCCUAAAAGACUUCAAACUCAAUCUUGAACCGAUCAACUUAAUGGAAGAAAUAUUCACAGGCAGCGAAUGGCUCAGUUACUUGCCCAUCAAAGAAAGUCCAGCUGAGAAAGACACUAGUGAUCAGUCAAUGACAAAUGAUGUUCUCCAACCAGAAAAGGACAUUCAGCUUGAAGUUCCUCUUCCAACACCAGAGGAGGACCAGUCAGAGGACAUAAAGGACAAUCAAGACAGUGCUAGUAGACCUCAAGAGGACAAUGUAGCAAAAGUGAACAGUGGCUUGGAUGUAAAACAAGUGGAAUGGGAUGCAAACAUAUUUUCUAUACCUAAGGCACUGCUAACAAACAAUGCAAUACAACAAAGAGCUUGUGAGUCAAACAAAUCAGAUGACACCUAUGACUGUGUGGACAUGUAUAUUAUUCCCAAAAAUGACUUUCCAUUAAUGAAAAGAAAGGCAUCAGAUGCUCCGCUGGACUUUUCAGCAGUCAAGUCAUUUGAAUUGCUGAACAACUCUGCCCUCAAGAGUCGAAUUCGUCUUAGCAAAAAGAGACAGCACCGACCACCUAAAAAGCACAAAAAAGUAAAAACAGAAACAUUGAGCGCCAUAUUCUACAAGAUUCCCCCGGUAAUCCUGAAUGAAUCUCCUGUCAGCGCAUCUCCACCACGUCACAGCAUUCCCUUUUCCACGUCUCCUCCUCUGCAUGUACCAUCACGUCCAUACCACUCCUGACCAUACCAGAUCUAUCAUCUGCAUUUGUCAGAUUAAAAGAUACCUCGACUGUAAAGACUGGAAAUGUACUGGUGUACAAAAGAUGGGAGACAUUACAGUGGAUAAUCCAU